UCCCGAUCCAGACCCUCCCACCCCUCCCCACCUUCCUGCAGCUGGAACCAGCUGCGCGCGGUUAUGCGACGAGGGCUCGUUGGCUAGGUCUGCAGUCCCGAAGAGAAGAGGGGCGUCCGUGCCGCUUGCCGCCGGGUCACUCCACAGAGGGAGGACAGUGAGCACUCAGCUUUAACCACUGGAGUUCAUGAACAAUGAAUUCACUUCACUCAUCCUGUUGGAACACCUCUGCUGAGCUUUUGAACAAGUCCUGGAAUAAAGAGUUUGCUUAUCAAGCCCUGAGCAUUGUGGAUACAGUCAUCCUCCCUUCCAUGAUUGGAAUUAUCUGUUCAAUGGGGCUGGUUGGCAACAUCCUCAUUGUAUCCACUAUAAUAAGGUCCAGGAAAAAAACGAUUCCUGACAUUUAUAUCUGCAACCUGGCUGUGGCUGAUCUGGUCCACAUAAUUGGAAUGCCUUUUCUUAUUCACCAGUGGGCCCGAGGAGGAGAAUGGGUGUUUGGGGGGCCUCUCUGCACCAUCAUCACAUCCCUGGACACUUGCAACCAGUUUGCCUGUAGUGCCAUCAUGACUGUAAUGAGUGUGGACAGGUACUUGGCUCUCGUCCAACCAUUUCGACUGACGAGUUGGAGAACGAGGUACAAGACCAUUCGCAUCAAUUUGGGACUUUGGGCGGCUUCCUUUAUUCUGGCAUUGCCUGUCUGGCUCUACUCGAAGGUCAUCAAAUUUAAAGACGGCAUCGAGAGUUGUGCUUUUGAUUUAACAUCCCCCGACGAUGUACUCUGGUAUACACUUUAUUUGACGAUAACAACAUUUUUUUUCCCUUUGCCCUUGAUUUUGGUGUGCUAUAUUUUAAUUUUAUGCUCUACUUGGGAGAUGUAUCAACAGAAUAAAGAUGCCAGAUGUUACAAUCCCAGCGUUCCCAGGCGGAGAGUCAUGAAGCUGACAAAGAUGGUGCUGGUGCUGGUGGCAGUCUUUGUCCUGAGUGCAGCCCCCUAUCACGUGAUCCAGCUGGUGAACUUACAGAAGGAGCAGCCCACACUGGCUUUCUAUGUGGGCUAUUACCUCUCCGUCUGUCUCAGCUAUGCCAGUAGCAGCAUUAACCCUUUUCUCUACAUCCUGCUGAGUGGAAAUUUCCGGAAACGCCUACCUCGAGUGCAGAAAAGAGUGACUGAGAAGGAAAUCAACAACAUGGAAAACACCUUGAAGUCGAGCUUCUAGGAGAGUACACGGAUCAUCAAAAGUCUAGACAGGCUUGUCUAUGUUAUUGGUAUUAUUAGAAAGGGUGGGUGAAAUGAUGUGCUUGUGUCCAUUCUUCUUGUGUACUUGUGACUCUUAGUGGCAUGGCAGAGAAGUGUAACCAUUCACGUGCAAUGAGUUUAGUAUGCUAAUUUUAGUAAAACGUGAAAUACUUAUCUGUACUGGGAGAGGGAGUGGGAUAAUCUAAGACACUUGAACUCCGUGGUUGUGGACAUUAUCUCAGCAUGUUAUAAACUAGUCACUGAUAAAAAUGGCCAUCCAGGGCCAGCCCCAGUGGCCUAGUGGUUAAGUUGGGUACGUUCCACUUCAGCAGCCUGGGUUCAGUUCCUGGGCACAGACUUACACCAUUUGUCUGUCAGUGGCCAUGCUGUGGCAGCAGCUCAUAUACAAAAAGGGGAAGAUUGGCAGCAGAUGUUAGCUCAGGGCGAAUCUUCCUCAGCAAAAAGAAAUGGCUAUCCAUGAUCAUUGACUGAAAACUUACCAAGGAAUCUGACCUUGCCAUCCACUCUGUGGCCUCGUGCCCUUGAGGUUCCUAAAAGGGGACCACUUGACAAUGAGAUCUGAAAUUUGGCCAUUUUUAUCUACAAAAAUGUCAAUUUCAUAUAGUCCCAUCUAAUGCCUUCAAUAAUCAGCUCCACCUGUUAGCAUAACACUUACCAUGUAUUGAACACGUGCAACAUGUAAGAUUACAUGUAACAAACCUAUGAGGUAAGCAUUACCUCACGUUGCUAAGGCUCAUAAAGGUUAAGUGAUAGGCCUAAUGCUGCACAGCUACGUGAGAGCUGGGCUAAAAUCCAAUUCUGCCUGUUUCUGUCUUUUUACUGCAACGCCUUGGCAACCUGUACUUAUCAUACUGGAGAGAGCCAAUAAUUUGGAGGGGUUUUUUUUUGGUUUCUCCUACAGCCCCACAAAGAGAGAACGAAAGUCUGCAAGAAAUGAGUUGAUGGUAUAAGCAUAUUCUUUUGCAUUUAGCUUUGUUCUCAUGCCUAUGAAUUAUAGAAACCAGCAUCUGCAUUUUAAUAAUAGUAUUCUUCAGGAUGUUAAGCAUACGCUUAGACACAUUCUAUUUAGGUUAAGUACAUGUUUGUUCAAGGGUACAAAAAGUAAUUAGCCCUUAAAUUCAUAGCUGUUCAUUAUAUCUAUCUUUUCCUCUUUUGGAUUGUAUAAAACAUGCACUUUGAUAUAGUGAGGAAAGAAAAAAAAAUGUUCUUAAAUCCUAUAUUCUCAAAAAAGGUAAAUAUUGUUAUUUUGUUUGUGAAUAAAAUCUGUAAACCCACCUCCUUCAUCUAAAUACAUAAAACCACUUGCUCCGUGGACAUCUGAAACUGAUUUUUAAUCAGCCCUUUAUAUAAAAAGUCACAGAGACCAGCUUUUUUAACAACCUGAUCUCCAUUUUUAUAUCUCAAUUGUCAAGACACAUGACUUUUAACCCAAUGUAUUUGGUUCUAGAUCUUUUAGAGACCAUUUUGGAACAAGGUCAUAUCUAAAUGCAGAUCUGGACAAAAGGUCAUGUAAACAAUGUGAGAACUGCAAACUGAGACAGGUCACCUCUGAGAUAUUUUAGUUCUGUAACUGAAGUCUGGAGAGCUACACACACAGACUGGAUGCUCAUUUACAAUUUCAAUCAAAAGCCAUGUCGUGGCUACAAUUCUAGGGGUCCUUCAUUCUCAUUUCUCUAAGGUGCAACAGUCAGGGUUCUUCACUGAACCCUGACAUCCGAAGACCCUACACAAUGAGUCAUAAACAGAUGUUAUCAUUUGAUAAUUGAAGAGAAAUUCAAGAUUUAACUUACAUUGUCUUUUCUAAUACAGAAAGUAUUGUGAUUUUAAAGAUUUAAACGGUUUUAAAUCAACAGACAUUUUUCUAAAAGCAUUUCCAAUAGGCCUCAACUAUUUCCAAUAUAUAAAUUGGUCAGUGAAUUAUUUUAAUUUAUGUUUAUUAAGAGUUGUAAAGAACUUUAGCAUCUAAUCAAAGGACAAAAUAAAAAGGGUGACUAUUAAAUUCAUUUUUGUGCCUUUAUAUAGCUUUUCUAUGCAUAAACAUAUAUAUACGCAGAUUUGCAGAGGUGGUUUGACAGAGAUUCUCUAUGUGUUUUGUAUUUUUGCCCAUGAUAUGUACACAUGUUUACUUAUAAGAGAAGUUAAUGAUCAGUUUCACAUAUCUAAUUAAUGCUUGAGUAUUUGUCAUUACAUAAAAUCAUAAAAUCGUUAUAAUCCUAACUGUAUCUCUCCUCUAUGCUUAUUCAAUUUUAGGUGCCUCAUUUAAAUUUUGAUUGAUUGAUAUAAAUCAAUGAAUAAAAAUUGCUUGUAUAUUAACUUACU